AUAUCUGUUCAUUUCACGGAUCCCCAAAGCUUUCCGCCGAUUUGGGAAUUGAGACAUUGAUAUGCCUCGUGACACCAUUCAUUUCCUAUCGCAAAUCUCCUACUUUUGAUUUGGAUUCGCACGCCGCCACUCGCCGCAGGAGCUUCGGCCGCCGGUUGCGGCGGCGCCGACAAGCCUCCUGCGAUCCGAUCUUACGUAUGCUCCGCAGCUUCUUCCGUACAUGUUUUCUUACUUCACUGCUCUGUGGUUUCUGAACUUGCAAGCAAUUUGACCAAAAAACACAAACCAUGCCCGGAAUUUCGAGUAUAGUUGGGCGAGAAAAUUGCGAAAGCUACUUGAUUUUCCAGGGUGAAACAGGCCUCGGGGCUGGUUUUCGGACUUUCUUAUACUUUCUUGGUCUUGCGUACUGUUUCCUUGGGCUAUCUGCUAUUACUGCUCGCUUUUUCCGGUCUAUGGAGAGUGUUGUGAGCCACUCGCGGAAGGUGGUAGACAUCGAUCCUUACACUGGUGCUGAAGUUCUUAGGUAUGAGAAAGUGUGGAACUUCACAAUUGCAGACAUUAGCCUGCUGGCCUUUGGGACUAGCUUUCCUCAAAUAUCAUUGGCCACGAUUGAUGCUAUAAGAAACCUUGGGAACCUGUAUGCCGGAGGUUUGGGUCCUGGAACACUAGUCGGUUCUGCUGCAUUCGACCUUUUCCCCAUCCAUGCUGUAUGCGUUGUCGUUCCUAAAGCUGGAGAGCUGAAAAAGAUAGCUGAUAUAGGAGUCUGGCUAGUUGAGCUCUUUUGGUCUUUUUGGGCCUAUAUUUGGCUAUACAUUAUUUUAGAGGUGUGGACACCAAACGUGAUUACACUAUGGGAGGCCUUAUUGACAGUACUGCAAUAUGCAUUUCUGCUGAUACAUGCUUAUGCUCAAGACAAGCGUUGGCCUUACGUUUCUCUUCCCUUCCCAAGAAGUGAGAGACCAGAGGAUUGGGUGCCAGCUGAGGUUGUUACAGGCAAGCAUGAUACUGAUCCCUGCAACGAGUACUCCAAUAUACUUGAAGUUGGUGAAGACAAAAACAGGAACGUUGACAUUUUUUCCAUACAUUCAGAAAGUGGUUUAGGUCCAAAGUAUAAAAAAGUUCCUGGAAUUGAUGAAACUCCCGAAUCCUCAAACAAAGAUUUCCAAGAGAAUAUGAUAUCACAAGACCAUCAUGUGUUUGCAAUUUGGAGACAACAGUUUGUGGACGCAGUCAAGUUAGAAGACACGGAAUCAAGAAAACUGAACAACAUCUAUUUGCGAGUAGCAAGAAUUUUGUGGCAGUUACUUCUUGCUCCGUGGAGACUACUAUUCGCAUUUGUGCCUCCUUAUCAUAUUGCUCAUGGCUGGGUCGCCUUUAUCGGCUCCUUAAUUUUCAUCAGUGCAAUAGCUUACGUUGUAACAAAACUCACAGAUCUCAUAAGCUGUGUCACAGGAAUAAACCCUUACGUCAUAGCAUUUACUGCAUUAGCAAGUGGAACUUCGUGGCCGGAUUUAGUAGCAAGUAAGAUUGCUGCUGAACGUCAGCUUACAGCUGACUCUGCCAUUGCAAACAUUACUUGCAGCAAUUCGGUGAAUAUAUAUGUUGGCAUUGGUGUUCCGUGGCUGAUUGACACUGCAUACAAUUUCUUCGUAUACAAGGAACCGCUGCGGAUUGAGAACGCAGCGGGUCUUAGCUUCUCGCUGCUGGUAUUUUUCUCGACUUCUGUAGGAUGUAUCGCGGUUCUGGUAAUUAGGCGUCUAGCGUUGGGUGCUGAGCUCGGAGGGCCAAGGCUUUGGGCAUGGAUUACCUCUGCGUUUUUCAUGUUGCUUUGGUUGAUUUUUGUUGUGCUUUCUUCUCUCAAGGUUUCUGAUAUCAUAUGAAAGAUUUUGGUUUUUGUUUUUCAAUUUUUUUUUGUAGAAUAUAUGGUACAAUCUUAAAUUGUUUUUCUUUUCUUGAUACAGUUGUAUACCAUUGUAACAUUAAUGUAUCAAAAUACAUAAAUUUGCAAAAUCGA